GAGAUUUUGACAAGAACAUCGUGUAAUUUGACGAAUAUCAGAAGUACCUCGUAAGCAUGCUUUCAGUGAGGUAGUAAAGAAGAGGGGGAAAAUAGUUUAUUUUUUUAUGCGUGUAUAAUAGACUUCAUUGAAGCUUUGACAAUUUAGAGCAAUGUCUAUGCGACCUGAUGAUCACAGACGAAAAUGGAACAGAGAAGAAUACGAGAGGAUAGCUCUUCAGCGUCUCCAGGAUGAGAUUGCUGAAGAGGAACUUGGAAUUCCAAAACAACCAGCUGUAAAAAGGGAGUUGUUGAAGCAGCGAGAUUACAAAGUCGACCUUGAGUCUAAAUUAGGAAAAAGUGUUGUUAUUAACAAAAAUACACCAUCUUCUCAGACUGGAGGGUACUAUUGCAAUGUCUGCGAUUGUGUUGUGAAAGAUUCAAUUAAUUUCCUAGAUCACAUCAAUGGAACAAAACAUCAACGUAAUCUGGGUAUGUCAAUGAAAAUUGAACGUUCUACAUUGGAACAAGUUAAAGCUCGCUUUGCAAUGAAUAAAAAGAAGUUGGAAGAAAAAAAGAAAGAUUAUGAUUUAGAACAGAGAGUAAAAGAAUUGAAGGAAGAGGAGGAGAAGAUUAAAGAGUACAGAAAAGAAAAGAGGAAAGACAAGAAAAGAAAAAUUGAAGAAGUUAAUGAAGACAAUGGUGGGCCUUCCGAUGAAAUGGCGGCGAUAAUGGGUUUCUCGGGCUUUGGUUCCAAGAAGAAGUGAUAAUGAAGCAUUACUGUCUCAAUUACGAUAAAACGCCUUCUGAAGACGCAUCUUUAGAAAAAACAAUGGUAUCACCUGUUUCUUGAAAAUUGUUUAAUUCGUACGUUAAUAUUGAACAGUACGAGAUCAGGGACGCAUAAGACUGAUCUUAGAAUACACACUUCUAAUCUUUAAUAUUGAUAUUUAAGUUCUCAAUAGAUUCCAACGGUUAGUUUAUUCCUUUCUUCUGGUAUCAUCAGUGUCCCACGCAUAUAGAUACUUUCCAGCUGUACGUAGCAAUUGAUUCGUUAAGCGCGAUGAAUGCAUGUUGUUUUAGCGAGGAAAGGGUGACGAUUCGUAUUUGAAAUUAAGCUUCGUUAAACGACUAUUUACAGUUCUUCUGGACCAGCAACCUGACGACUAUUACUUCAACAUGUCCCGCGACUAAAAUGAUAAGAUUUUAUAAAUAAAAUAUCGUUCUGUGAUUCUGUAAAACGAAGUGUAAUAUUUAUCCGACACAAACUCAACCUAAGAACACGACUCCAACGGAUCGCAUCAACCUUUCGAAUUAGCUUUAAACGGUGAACAACGUUUCUUCCCAAUGAAUUAGCAUUCGUAUUCCACCGAUUGUCAAACGAUUUGUUAUAAUUUCGUUGAAAGGAAAGUGGCGUCGACACGGUUGUAUUGCAAUCGUUUUUUCAACUUUCUCUCUUGCGCGUCCACUUUCUUUCUCCUUCUUUCACCCGCGAGAUAAAGAGAGUCGGAGUCCCGUGAGGAGUUCCAUGGGUUUCGUACGUAUACAGGGGGAGCGAAAGAGACGG